UGCAGUGAGCCGAGAUCGCUCCACUGCACUACAGCCUGGCCGACAGAGCCUCUCAAAAAAAAAGAAAAGCCAUCCAAAAGUGAGAAGGAAAAACAAAGUUGGUGUAACUGGCUGUUUCGGAAAACUGUCAUCCGGAUAACGGGCUGUCUAACCCUAUAAUUACGAGAAAGGCCCGAGUUUUAAAAUUAAAAUGAGUUCGCAAAUGACUUGAAGAAGAGGAAGGCACUCUUCCUGCAAGACAAGAAGUGGUAGCUUAUAUAUAAGACGCGUCCUUUUAAAGCGAUUGUACAGUGUGGUAGGACUAGGGUAGGAAACUGGACGGCAUGGAGACUUCUGUGUUAAAACACAGGAGAACCCUUAACGGUAAAACCUCAAGCUUCCGGAGCAUGUCGGCGAGAGGGACUUAACCGCGGAACCCAACAUCCCCGGGUGCCGUUUUCCAGCCGAGUCCGGGUCAGAGGUAGCCUUUCCUACUGCGCAGGCUCAAUGCUACUUACCCAUAAUGGAAGCAAUGUGGCUCCUGUGUGUGGCGGCGGCGGUCGUGGCGUGGGGCUUCCUCUGGGUUUGGGACUCCUCAGAACGAGUGAAGAGUCGGGAGCAGGGAGGACGGCUGGGAGCCGAAAGCCGGACCCUCCUGGCCAUAGCGCACCCUGACGAUGAAGCCAUGUUUUUUGCUCCCACAGUGCUAGGCUUGGCCCGCCUAAGGCACUGGGUGUACCUGCUCUGCUUCUCUGCAGGAAAUUACUACAAUCAAGGAGAGACUCGUAAGAAAGAACUUUUGCAGAGCUGUGAUGUUUUGGGGAUUCCACUCUCCAGAGUGAUGAUUAUUGACAGCAGGGAUUUCCCAGAUGACCCAGGUGUGCAGUGGGACACAGAGCAUGUGGCCAGCGUCCUCCUCCAGCACAUAGAAGUGAAUGGCAUCAAUCUGGUGGUGACUUUCGAUGCAGGGGGAGUAAGUGGCCACAGCAAUCACAUUGCUCUGUAUGCAGCUGUGAGGGUCCUGCACUCAGAAGGGAAGUUACCUAAAGGGUGUUCUGUGCUCACACUUCAGUCUGUGAAUGUGCUGCGCAAGUACGUCUCCCUUCUGGAUCUGCCCUUGUCUCUGCUUCAUACUCAGGAUGUCCUCUUUGUGCUCAACAGCAAAGAAGUGGCACAGGCCAAGAGAGCCAUGUCCUGCCACCGCAGCCAGCUCCUCUGGUUCCGCCGCCUCUACAUUCUCUUCUCCCGGUACAUGAGAAUCAACUCACUGAGCUUCCUCUGAAGCCCUGAAGGGUUUUCAGAUCCAAGGAACAAAGGGGAAAAUAGACAAAGGUAUGCAGGGGACCUGGCCUGGCACUGGCUUAUUUGCCUGAGCUCAAGGAGAUCCCCGCUGGAGCAGCCUCUGCAAAAGGGAGCCCAUGUAGGCCAGGGGCUGUCCAAACUCCAGCUUCUUCCCCUGGGAAAAAACCCAAAGAACCAAAAACAAACCACCCCAAGGAUAAUAAUAGCUAUCCUGCUAGCUUCUCAAGUUCUUGUGAAUCACAAUUUACAUAAUGACACAGUAUAUGUGGAACACCUAGCCCAGUGCCUGGGCAGGUCCCUAUUAUCAUAAAUGAAUGUAAAAGUGCUCUAAAAACACUCCA